AUGGCCCUCCGUGAAGAUAACGAGAACAAGCUUCGCGACGUCAUCGAGCAACGACCCCAUGUGGACAUCUUCUUGCAGCCCAUUGCGCCCCCUGCGGCCUUGGGACUGGCGGGCUUCUCAGGCUCGACUUUCAUUGUGGCCUCCUGGAUCGCCGGGUGGUGGGGAGACUCCGAUAGUCCGCUAAUCUUCUUCCCCUUCGUCGCUUUCUGGGGCGGGCUAUCCCAGUUCAUAGCGGGCUUGAUGGGCUAUAAGGCCCGAGACGUGCUCGUCACGGUGAUCAACACCAUGUGGGGAGCAUUAUGGAUGAGCGUGGGCUUGUUGUAUGCUUUUGUAGCAGCAGGAGCCUUGCCCCCUCAUAGCAUCCGCGAACAUUUUCCCGAGUUGGCGGCUUGGUUCGUGCCGCUGGCGACAGUGACGUGGGCCGGCGCGGUAGCAGCGACAGCCCGUGAUGCGAUUUUGGCAGCCUUGCUAUUUUCCCUCGCCAUAGGGUCAACGAUUGCAUGCUGCCUCUUCGCGUACGGUAGCGGCGUUGGGACCGGAAUGAAAGUGGCAGCGUACUUUUGGCUGCUUGCUGCUCUACUCGCCUGGUGGCGGACCACCGUCUAUCUUAUCGAGGAGGCAUUCGGUCCGACGGGCAAAAUGGCCAAGUUCUUCCCUGUCUUCAGAACUGCACAGGAGAAGAGAGCGCCUCUCAUUGUGCCUGGUCUUGGUGAGCCUGGUGUCAAGAGAGGCAUGCCGGGAGUGAUUUGA